UUGUUUUGCACGCACUGCAAAUUGAGUAGAGAGAAUGGGGUUGGCCUCCGCGGGAGCAGCGCAGAUGAUUUCCCUCCAUAUCGGGACGCCUUUUCCUUCUCCUCUUCAUCUAAGAAAAUGCAACAUGGGCGUUUGGAAAUGGAAGGUCAAGAGAGAGAAAAAAGGUGGUCAAGUUUGUAGUAGCCAUAGGCUAGAGGGCGAGAUAGAUGAGGGUUGUGAACUUGUGAGCGGAAUGGAGCUUUCAAUUGGUGAACAACCCGAUCGUACAGUCCCAGCUCAUCUGUUUAAGGCAGUCAAGAACAAUAAUGGAACUGCCAUUCUCCUCUUGUCUGAUCUCUUUGCAUUCCAAGAUUCUUCCAUUACAGACUUUGCCUAUCGUGUCGCUUGCAACGGCUUCAAUGUGUUACUUCCAGAUGUAUUUCAUGGAGAUCCAUGGAAGAAGAAACAGCCAGUGGAACAAACUGCAAAGCAAGACAUGCAGAGGGUUGCAGAAGACAUAGGAACAGCAACAAAAUGGUUGGUGGAGGAGUUUUCAGCCGCAGGCAUCUCAACAAAGCUCGGGAUCAUGGGAUUUGGUUAUGGAGGUGGGCAAGUGAUAGACGUUCUAGCUCGAGACCAGGGUGCCUGUUUUGCCAUUGGUGCCUCCUUCUAUGGUACUAACAUAGAUCCAUCUCUUGGUUCCCAAGUCAAGGUUCCUGUAUUACUCAUCUCAGGGGACAAUGACCCGCUUUGUCCAGUAAGUGUCAUGAAGGAUUUGGAGAAAGGGAUUGGUAAAGGUUCCAAGUUGGUGAUAUUUGGGGGAAGAGGCCAUGGCUUUUUUCACAAACCUGGAUCUCCAGAAGAAGAUGAAGAUGCCGAGCGGGCUUUUCUUAUGCUAAGAAAUUGGCUGCAUGAUGGCUUGGUUGUAACUAACAUUUAGCCAAGUGCAGUACAAAUUUCGUAACCCAAUUCUAAUGCCACGCUUUUAUGCAUUUCAGCAAUAUGACAGAUACACAAUCAGUUGGUGGAAUCCCCAUGUGAUAUUAUUUUUCAGGCUAAAAAAGGAUCCGUCCAAAUUUCUAUGUUUCA